AUGAAAGCCAUCAUGGUACUUUCCCCCAUUAUCCUCGCCACCAGCGCGUUGGGCAGUCAAUUGGACGCACCGACGGGGUGGGAAAAAAUCCCCAAAGACAAGCCGCUCCCCCUUCACACUGCGCCCAUAUGCUGGCAAGAAUGCCUGCAGUGGGAGAACAAAAACUACGUGGGGAACGAUAUCAACACCGUCAGCCAGUACGACUUUUGCGAGGACAAGUUUCUUGCCAUGCGGACGUGGCACCAUUUCUGGCUCACGCGCUGCACAUCCCGCAAUUGCCACGACCGCGCAGACCAUGAGAAGGCUAGGACGUGGUUCAGUUCUGUUUGCCGAAGAGGCUAA